GCCGCGGCGCAGCCCGGUGCGGUGCGGAGCGGUGCGGUGCGCAGCGGAGCAUCUCAUCCCGGUGCGGGGUAUCCCGAUGGAGGCGGAGGGUUACCGGUGCCGUAGCAGCCGGUACAUCGAGAGCGGGCAGUCGGCGGUGCCCAGCUCGGUGCUGUUCGCUGCCGGGCUGUUGGGUAACGUGCUGGCCCUCCUUCUUCUAGGCCAGCACAGGCGGCGGUCCCGGUCCCCCGGCGGCCGCCCGCCGCGGGUCUCCGCGUUCUACGUGCUGGUGAGCGGGCUGGCGGUCACGGACCUGCUGGGCAAGUGCCUGCUCAGCCCCAUCGUGCUGGCAGCCUAUGCCUACAAUCGCAGCCUCAGCGAGCUGGGACCCGGCGGGCGCACCGAGGGAGAGCCGGGCGUCCUCUGCCAGCUCUUCGCCUUCCUCAUGGCCUUCUUCGGGCUGGCCCCCACCCUGCUGCUGCUGGCUAUGGCGCUGGAGUGUUGGCUCUCCCUGGGGCAUCCCUACUUCUACCGACGGCACCUCACCCGGCGGCUGGGUGCCACGUUGGGGCCGGCAGCGGCAGGGCUCUGCGCCCUUUUCUGUGCCCUGCCACUGCUGGGCUUUGGGGUGCCCAUGCAGUAUUGCCCCGGCACAUGGUGCUUCAUCCGCAUGGCUGGCGGUGGACCACGCCAGCUCGUCUUCCCUGUCCUCUAUGCCAGCCUAAUGGGCCUGUUGGUGCUGGCCAUCGGCACCUGCAAUGUGAGCAGCAUGUGGCACCUCUACAGCAUGGCACGGCGGCAGCCCCGCCGUGGGACCCCCACCACCACCACUGCCCCACGCAUGGAGGAGCUCGACCACCUCAUCCUGCUGGGACUCAUGACCGUCCUCUUCACCAUCUGCUCCUUGCCACUCAUUAUCCGGGCGUACAUGGGGGCCUUUGCUGCUGAUUUCAAUGAGAACGCAGACCUCAGUGCCCUGCGGUUUCUCUCUGUGAACUCCAUCGUGGACCCCUGGGUCUUCAUCAUUUUCCGCACCUCCGUCUUCCGCCUGUUCAUCCGCAGGGUUUGCCGAAGGCUGAAUUCCCGGAAAGCCUCCCUGAAAGGGCCUGGACCAGGGGAGGAUGGCCAGUUCUGUCCCUUGGGCUGGCACAGGACAGACACCCCCCAGCGCGGCUUCCCCUGAGCACGGCGGUCUUGUAGAAGCCGUUGGCUGCUGGUGAGGAUGAGGAGCAAGCCUUCAGUCCUGCACCCCACUCCAGAGCAUCCCGAGGCAGCACGGGGCUGUUGCAGGUGGGGACAGCAUCCAGCUAGCAGUAAGGGGUGGCUGUGAAGUGUUUCUGCCCCUCCCUGGGCUGCAUUUCACCCCAGAGAGGAACUGGGGGGCUCCCAGUACCUGUGAAUAUUUCCAAGCAGCAGCACUUUGUGAAGGGUUUGGGGAGCACCCGGCUCCAGGAGAGCAGGCGGGUUUCAGUGUGUGACUUCAGGGCACUGGGGAUGCACAGGGAGGAGUGUGUGUCCCCAUCAAAUAAAAGUGGUUCCGAGCCCUGCUCCAUUGCCUUGUCCUGUGCAUGAUCCCCUUCCAUGACAAGGGGAGGUUAUCCAGGGCUGGUUCAGGGUGUCAAUGGCAUACCCCAGCAGGGUGAGGUAUGAGGGAGACUUUUUGGGUAUGGAGACUCAGAAACAUGACCAGAAGCUCAUGGCUGUGCCAAGAAUCUGGAGGACAGGGGAAGUGCUUUCUGGGAUGCCCAUCAUCCCUCCUUGGGAUGCCCAUCGUUCCCCCCAGGGGUAACCCCAUAUCCACCAAGCAGGGCUGUGGUUUCUCCACUGUGUCUUGCUCUUCUCUCAAAAAUUGAUUUUCUCCAAGUGCUAAUGUUGCAUUUGUGUUGCUCAGAUGGCUACCUGUCCUGCUGUAAUUGUUUUAAUUUGGUAUUUAUGAUGACCCUGAGCCCUAAUAAGAGCAGUAAUUGAGAUAAGACAGAGCCUGGGAUGGAUAACCUCACCCUGCAAGCAUGCCAACAAGCGAUCACUUUAAUGAAA